GAAGAACUUAAAGAAAGGAUGGAUGAGAUCUGUAAUUGGGCGUCUUAUAGGGGUCAAACUCUCACCAGAACAGUAAGAGGAAUGAUGUACUACAGAAAGGCACUUGAAAUCCAAUGCCUUCAAGAUAUGACAGAUCCUGCUAAAGUUGACCGAGACAGAUCAAUAGGAUCCUACCAAGAGUUGCAAUCUGAUAUUGAAAUGGCACAAGCUAUUGCUGAUAUCAAAUUCACAUAUGUUGUCUCAUGUCAAGUUUAUGGCAUGCAAAAGACAUCAAAGGAUUUAAAUGAAAAAAGGCGCUAUCAGAAUAUUAUCGGUCUCAUGAUAAUGUACAGAAGCUAA